AUGAGGCAGACCCAGGCAGAAACCGAGAACAUGUCCAUCGCCGACUGGCGCUUGGAUGAGUUGCGCCAUCAGAUGGAUGAUCUGGUCAGCAAGAUAAUUGAGGAGACGCAGGGAUUUGUCGCACUCUUCACUCCGCUCACAUUUCCCCAUACUUUGCUUGACCGCAUCUGGGGUGCUCUCGCAGUAAUCUACAAGUUCAAGAAUCUCGUCCCAUGGAAGGCCAGUGGCGAUAGUUCAAGAAACAGCGGAAAACCCACAGUUUCCUGGAUAGUGCGCAGACCAGUUUCCUGGAGCGAGGCUGAGAAGCGUGGCAUCCCCCUUCCGAGCACUGGUUUUCGGAUAGACGAUUGCGCCAAGUGCUACCAUCAGACCCAAUAUGAGUCUGUCGGUGAGGCCGUACAACAUGUCAGACAGGUCCACUACAAGCAGUCCGGGCUCAAGAUGGACGGGGAAGUGCUCACUGAAAAGCUUCGUUUUUGGGUUCACACCUCUGAGCAACGAGUACGAGAACUGAGUAAUCUGGAAUGCGUGGAGCUCUUGCAGGCGUAUCAUCACUGCAUCGAGCGAGCCUACGAGCAGGGCCUUGAGAUUCGGGACGUUGUUGCCCACUGCAAAGAGGAAGGGAAUCCGCUGAGUCGAGCCACAGAGAGGCCAAAAACUCUGCAGCUGCCCAGUAAAAUCGUUCGAGCUUUUGAGAAUUUCGUCGUGAUUACGUUGUGUACGGCACACGCGUUGACUCUUCUGGAAAAUCGACCUCCAAAGGAUUCAGAUACGAAAGAGUUGUCAGAAGUUCCGCCACUUCGUCGUGUGAUUGACUUGAUUGCAAAUCGAUCACUCAUGACAAUGGAAAAGGCGCAUAACGAAAUAUCAUUGUUUCUGAAGACGGACCUUUCUUCAAGUGGCGUGAGCUUUGCGGCAGUUGGGCCCCGUUUCAUCCUUUCAGUGAUCUUUGAUGGGCUGUCACAACGUCGCUUCUUUGAUAAGACAGCCGUGGCCGUCUAUGAGGAUACUGCUUCCAGUGUGCAAUACAAGGCAUACAAUGGUCGUCCCACGCGAAGGUUAUUAACAACGAUUGAGCGGUUCCAGGAGGAACUUGAAGCAAUAGCAUUGCUGGCGGGGAAGAUCAAUCAAACUUGGACAAACUUCAUUAUGCUCGGCGACGAAAAGACCUACCGCAUCAGUGAUCAGACUCGGAGGCAACAUCAACAGAUGGAGCACAAAGUUUACAGUUCAGCGUGGUUUCCUCGACAACGAGAGACUAAUAAGAUAUAUGCCAUUCAGAUGCGUUUGACCAAGAUGGAGAACAAGUUACGCCAGCGUAUUGAGAUUCAAGAUGAAGAUCAAGGCAAGGCUAUCAUGAUCUUUACCAUUGUCACCAUCAUCUUCCUGCCACUCAGCUUUGUCACGAGCUUCCUGGGCAUGAACACUGCCGACAUUCGGGAUAUGGAGAAUUCACAGACCCUAUUCUGGAUCAUCGCCAUGCCGGUCUCGGCUCUUGUUUUGAGCGUUACUGGCAUACUUGCUUGGAAAGGAGAUACUAUUAGAGAUUGGCUAUCCAAUCAAAUCUUGCAAAGAAGUCGCGUGACAUUGGAAAAGAAUCAUGACCAUCUUGAGCCGAGAAAAGUGGCAAGUGGUAGAAAGCCGAAACAGAAGCAGGGCAAGCAAUGGCUUCGGAGACGGCGUCAGGUGUCUUUCAAAGAAGACGAUUUGGAAAUGAAUUGA